GAGCUGUGAGCGCGCUCCUGACUGGUCUGUGCUCAGAGCAGAGAGAAGCUGGAGAGAGAAGCUGGAGAGAGGGGCUGGAGAGAGCGCAGACACGGAGACAAACCCCGCUUUGGAGACGAUACACAGGGGCGAGAAGCGCGGAGCAGCGUAAACAGCAGAGCGAUGGCCGAGGGCCGCGUGUUCCCGGUGUGGCGGGGCAUCUGGGCCAGGGGAGGCUCCAGCGGGGGGUGGACUGAGACGUGGGAACGCUGCCUGCGGUGGGACUCUCCGGCUGCGAGACGAGGCGUGGGGCCCAUUUGGCUGGUCCUGUGUCGGGGGGGACGAGCCACCCUGACCCAGGUGUGUGAGAGGGGCAGGGGGGCCAUCGGACUGCCCUCCCACCUCAGGGUCCUGCCGCCUCUGUUCAACAUCCACCAGGUGCCAAAGGUAGUGCAGGAGGACAGCAUCAUGUCUGGGUAUAGAGACCCGUACAGCACCGCUCUGGACUGUGUCCUCAGCAGCUUCCAGAUCCACAACGAGACCAUCAACAUCUGGACACACUUCCUGCCCACGUGGUACUUCGUGUGGCGUUUGGCUGUGCUCUGCUCAUGCCUGGACUUCGGCUCAGACCCGUACUGCUGGCCCCUCCUGGUGUACAUGCUCCUGAUCUGCGUGUACCCGUUCACCUCCAGCUGCGCCCACACCUUCAGCGCCAUGUCCACCGAGACCUACCACAUCUGCUUCUUCUUCGACUACGGAGCCCUCAGCCUCUACAGCCUGGGUUGUGCCAUCAGCUAUGGGCACUAUGUGAUGCCUGAGUGUUGGGUGAACAGUGGACUCCAGCGCUGGUUUGUCCCGGUGGCUCUGCUCAACUCUCUGUUCUGCACCAGCCUGUCCUGCUACUCCCGGUUUGUGGAGCUGUGGGACCCUCAGAGGAGCAAAGUCCUGCGCACGGCCGCCUUUGUGGUCCCCUUCAUUUUUGACACCAUGCCUCUCUUCUACAGGAUCGUGUUGUGCUGUGGGGGAGGCUGCACCCACACCCAGGCUCUGUCCAGUCACUGUUACCACCUGGUGUUUGCUUUCCUCACCUGCUUCCUCUUCACGUCACACCUGCCCGAGCGCCUGGCCCCGGGACGCUUCGACUACUUUGGCCACAGUCACCAGCUGUUCCACGUCAGUGCUGUGGUGGGCACACACUUUCAGAUGGAGGGGGUGCUGGCGGACAUGCUCUCCAGACGCAGUUGGCUCUUGGACCAUGGGGGGCCGCCCUCCUUCCUCUGGACCAUCGGUGCUCUUCUCAUGGGUCUGGUCCUUAACCUCUUGAUCAUCGGGCUGUUCAGUGGCUUGUUACUAUGGAAACGCUCCGGGCAUUUUCCCUUAUUUUUCAAGAAGACAGUGAAGGACUGAGAUGAGUUUGGUCUGAAAACACAAGAACCUCAUGUCCACAGCUCCUGUCAGAGGACCCCUGCUCCUGUCUGAGGACCAGGGCCCAGUACAGCACAGUACAGUCCCUAUUCAGGGUCCUCACACUAACACUCUGGUCCAGUAGUGACUUCCGUCCAGUUUACUGUUUACUGUCCCACACACCAUGUUUACAUUUUAGAACUGUCAACAUCUCAAGAAGCUAGAAGGUAGGGUACAGGGUAGGGUACAGGGUAGGACAGAGGGUGUAAGGUAGGGUAGUCGGUACAAGGUAGGAUAGGGGGUACAGGAUAGAACAGAUGGUAUAGGGUAGAGUAGAGGGUAUACGGUAGGGUAGAGAGUAUAAGGUACGGUAGUGGGUAUAGGGUACGGUAGAGGGUAUAGGGUACGGUAGAGGGUAUAGGGUACGGUAGAGGGUAUAGGGUAGUGGGUAUAGGUUGGGGUAAAGGGUGUAUGGUAGGGUAGUGGGUAUAGGUUAGGGUAAAGGGUGUAUGGUAGGGUAGUGGGUAUAGGUUAGGGUAAAGGGUGUAUGGUAGGGUAGUGGGUAUAGGUUAGGGUAAAGGGUGUAUGGUAGGGUAGUGGGUAUAGGAUAGAGGGUAUAGGGUGUAUGGUAGGGCAGUGGGUAGAGGGUAUAGGGUAGGGUAUAGGGUCGAAUAGAGGGAAGGAGAUUAUUCAGAAUCACAGGUGAUGCACUGAAACUGUUGAACCUGAUCAUUGUUGGUUUGUGACCGGGUCCAAACUCACUGCAUUGGGACGUCCUGUGCACUGACCGCUCCUGCGCUCCAUCUCUCACUCCUCAUCUCAAACAACUGGAAAACAAAUGACAGCAUAUCUGUAUAAUAAUCUAUGUGUAUACAAAACAUUACACAAAGGGGGUCGAUACACCUGGUUUGGGACAGGAGCAGGAGGGGGGGGUCUUGUAUCUGCUCCAGUGUGUGUUUUAUUGGACCUCUGAGCAAAGUCUCCAGUGACUGCUAAAUGUUGGAACCAGUGACCAGGUGGAGGUAUCGCUCCUGAGAAGGUUCUUAAUGCUACAGCUAACAGAAUAUGUGACUGGCAAAAUGAUGGUGUGUAUACAACAACUUAACCUCAGUCACCAAAAAUAUGAAGCUCACUUUGAAGUGGUGCUGAUGUCGAUACUGUUUAUACUGACAUAUCAUUGUGCUCCUGUCUCAUCAUGUCCCCUCCUGCCUGCUCCUAUGUGCUCCUUCCUGCUCCUGUCUGCUCCUAUUUCCUCCUGUAUGAUCCAGCCUGCCACUGCUUGCUUCUGUCUGUUCCUUUGUGCUCCCGUCUGCUCCCGUCUGCUCCCGUCUGCUCCCGUCUGCUCCCGUCUGCUCCCGUCUGUCUUCCUUUUUAACCAAAUGUUUACAUGGAUAGCUCAUAUAUUUAUUACAUGUGAUUUUUAUAGCGAUAGAUGUUUUAUUUAGCACAGAAGCACUUCCAUAGGUUUCCUCAGUGUGGCGCCAUUGCUCUGUUGUGUGCUGGUCUGAUGGGGUUUUACCACCUCCUCGUCUCCAUGGGGACGUUAUUUCUUUACCUUGAAUGUUCCACAGUAUAGUAUUAAAGUGAUCUAUUUUGCAUUUAGUCAGUUAGAGCUGGUUUUUAUAGCAAACAAGAAUGAGGAAAUACAUAUAAAAAUUUCUUACUGUGAGCAGGGUUGCCUCUCCACAGAUCUGACCUGUGGCCUUGUGAUGUCACUCUCUUCCCUGUAUAAAGAUAAGUACGUUUAAUAUCAUUUUGUGGAACAUUUCAGACGAAGAAAUAACAUCGCCAUAGACACGAGCAGGUGGUAGUCCCUUCACUAGAAAAAUGACAUGGUUCCCUUUUUAUUUUGUCGUAAUAACUACUUUUUUAAAGAGGGGGUAUUAUGCAAAAUACCAUGUUAUAAAGUUCCCACAUCCAAAACAUGCCUGAAGAGGUUUUAGAUUCAUCCAUGCAUGUUUGAGUAUUUUAGUGAUUUCUCCUUCCUUAUGGUUAGCAGUACGAGCCUGUACAAAGCUCCGCCCACAAGGUUAAACCACCCAAGCUCCCACACGACACCUCUCUAUAAAUAUACAGAAACAUGAUACAAAACGGUACAGAGCAACUUGACAAACCUGAUGUGAUGUGCAGUAGUUUGAUGCAGAAUGCACUCUGAUUAUGUUGCAAUAGUGUUCUGAAGGGGGAGUGACUUAGUGUGGAGAGCAUAUUAAAAAUGAAAGCUGUUAAUAUGGUGCUUUCGGUGAAUAUAGCAUUUUCAAAACAACAAAAGGUAACGCGGUGAUCUAAAUAUGUUAUGAGUUAGCACGUAAUGCCCCAUAAAAGUAAAGCAUCCCCACUUUAAUAAUAACUAUAUAUAUAUAAUUUACAACAGGCACUUGUGGACCUGUCACUUAACACAUUUGAAUAUUUGGUCUUGUGUGAUGGUGUAAAUGGAGCCUCUGAUGAAGUACUACGUGCCGCAUGCCGCUGUCCGUGGUGCUGAAGACGCUUUCACUCAGAAUUGUGUUAAGUUUUCCUGGUGGUUACGUACGUGCUCUCAGGGUUUGGACAGCGCAUGUUUAGAAUAGGCAGUGGUGGAAGAAGUACUCCAUUUUGUUACUUAAGUAAACGUGCAGAUACUGGAGCA